CAGCAUCCAUACAUUUGCAUUCACAUCAACUUCAACUGCAUCAAAAACUCUUCAAAAAUGCGUCUCAUUCUGAUUACCUUUAUCGCCUGCGUCAUUCUCCUGGCAUACCCAGAAAUUGUCCACGCGGCAAGGAACAAGGCCGGCAAGGAGACUUCCGCGUCGACGGGUAAGACCAGCAGCAGCACCACCAAGGGCGGGUCCAAGAAGCAGAGCACAGGUAGCGAUAGCAAGGCCGGGAGCGGAAGCAAGACCUCGACCACUCCAACCAAGGACAAGAAGAAGGGCAGCAAGACACAGGCUGAUGCCCCCAAGUCCUCGCCGCCAGCUGGCACCGCAUCGUCGCCAAGUGAGGAGCAGACCAUCGAGCCUGUUACCCGCGACAAGUGCCCAUCAAAGCCCGAGUCGUGUUCGAGCAGCAUCAAGGGACUGAGCACCUGCUGCUAUGAGGAGUAUGGAGUCCACCUGUUUUCGGUCCAGUGGGACAAGACGCUAAAUCAGGCACCUGGAUUCACCAUCCACGGACUGUGGCCCAACACCUGUGCGAAUGGGCCAGCACCGCCGUCUGGCUGCGGCAAGUCGGACCGUCGGCUGAAGAGCCCCAAGGUGACCGAGAUUCUGAAGAAGAACGGCCUGCUUGAUCAGAUGAACAUGUACUGGCCGUCGCGCGGUGCGAGCAACGGCCAGUUCUGGAUGGAGGAGUGGAACAAGCACGGGACAUGCGCCAGCACACUCAACCCCGAGUGCUAUCCCGCACCGAAAAAGAGCAAUGCUGAUGCUGUCGAGUACUUUGGACGGGCACUGGAGCUGAACAAAAAGUAUGACUUUUACACUGCACUCAAGGAAGGCGGGGUUGUGCCUGAUGACAAGGAGACGUAUACACCAAAGCAGAUCACCGACGCGAUCGAGAAGAAGUACAAUAUCGCAGUUGACCUGCGGUGCAACGGAAAUGUGCUGAGCGAGAUCCGCACGUUCUUCAACGUCAAGGACAUCACCUCGUACGUGCCUAUUGCUAUUCCCAAGAACGAAGUUGGCGUGCCCAAGAAGCAGUGCACUGGCAACAUUGUCUAUCCAGCCAAGAACCCGCAGGAGUAAAUAUCUCAAUUUGUA